AUGGCAAUUGAGUACAUUAAAUACGUUAAUAAUCAAGAAAUUAAUUAUACUGGUGACGAGAUUUCUAGAGAGUUCAAAGUUGAUAAUGUAUGCAAUUCAAAGUUGAAAUUUUUAUCGUGCUUAAACCAAUUAGAAAUAAGUAAUACUGAGGACAGCACUAUUUAUUUUGGUCCAGUAUCAACUAGCGUUUCAGUAAAAAAUUGCAAAAACUGCACUAUCGUAUUAACCUGUAGGCAAAUAAGGAUUCACAACUCAAAUGGACUUAAGAUCCGUUUAUCUUGUUGUACACCACCACUAAUAGAAAACUGCUCAAAUAUUAUUUUCGACAUUCGAAUAAAAAAUAGUUUAAAUUUCUAUAAAAUGUUUGAAAACCACUUACGGGAAAUUGGAUUACACGAAUCCGAAUUCUUAAUAAAAAGUAAUUUCAAGGUAUCCGACUUUAGUUGGUUAAAAAUUCAAGAUUCACCAAACUGGAAAUUUGGGAAUGUUGACUUAGAGCAACUCAAAUAA